AUGGCCGAUACCAAGACGACGCCACACACUGACCCGGCUCUUGAUGCUGAGAACCAGCAUCAUCAUGCCCACAAGAACCACGCGGCUAGUGCGCAAGCACCAGACGACAUCCUCUACACGACUGGCACAACGGCCGACGCCCCUCACGUGCCUCUCCAGCACCACCAUGAGCCCACGCCCAAGAAGGAGGUUGAAGGGGAGACUGUCACUAAGGUGCCUUCUACCACCCCCGGCACACCUCCCGACUAUAGCGACCAUGAAAAGGCCGGUGUAGUUCGUGAAGCUGCUUCUUCAGGGGAGGAACCCAGUCGCGCGACCAAUCGCAGGUUCGCGGUCGUGUACCGUCAUCGCAGCAAGCUCAUCCACCUUUUCCUCCUGCUUCUUUUCACUGGGUGGUGGAUUGCUUCCGUUGUUGUUCACCGACACGACAAGAAUUGGGUUGUCCCUUUCCUGCUCUGGCUCGCCAUCACUCUCCGCCUCAUCUUCUUCUAUGUGCCCAUACGCUAUGUGUCUAACCCGAUCAAAUGGGUCUGGCACAACACUGCUGUCAGGAUCUACGACCUUGUCCCUGAGAAGUGGCGCAGCUUGGCUGGCGGUGCCGUGACGGUUGCCGUCAUCCUUGUUGGCUCCUUCGUCACGGAUGAGAGUGAAGACAAUACCCGUGCCAAUCGCGCAAUCAGCUUGGUUGGCAUGGCCCUCAUCAUCUUCUUCUUUUGGCUUACCAGCACUGCCCGAAGGUCCGUCAACUGGCGAACUGUCUCUGGUGGUAUGCUUGCUCAGUAUAUCAUUGGUCUCUUCGUCCUGCGCACACAAGUUGGUUACGACAUCUUCAGGUUUAUUGCAGACCGCGCCAGCGACUUGCUCAGCUUUGCUAGGGAUGGUGUUGCUUUCUUGACUACUGAAGAGAUCUCCCAGUACCUAUUCUUCUUCUUCAGUGUCCUCCCCGCCAUCAUCUUCUUCAUCUCUCUCGUCCAGGUCCUCUACUACAUCGGAUUCCUGCAGUGGUUCAUCAAGAAGAUGGCUACCUUCGUCUUUUGGAUGUUGGGUGUGUCUGGUGCCGAGGCUGUGGUCGCUGCUGCCACACCCUUUAUUGGCCAAGGUGAAUCGGCCAUGCUUGUUCGCCCCUUCGUUCCUCACAUGACCAAGGCCGAGAUUCACCAGAUCAUGACCUGCGGUUUUGCAACCAUCUCUGGUUCCGUCCUCGUCGGCUAUAUCGGCCUGGGUCUGAACGCUGAGGUUCUUGUUUCUUCGUGUAUCAUGUCCAUUCCUGCUUCCCUUGCUAUCUCCAAGCUGCGAUACCCCGAAGUUGAGGAGACCCUCACCGCUGGUCGCGUUGUCAUCCCCGAUGAGGACGAGCACAGAGCCGAGAACGCCCUCCACGCUUUCGCUGAUGGUGCUCUGCUGGGUAUUAGAAUUGCCGGAACCAUCAUGGCUUCCAUCCUGUGUAUUAUUGCCGCUGUCGGUCUCAUCAAUGGACUGCUCACCUGGUGGGGUGGAUACAUCAACAUCAACGAUCCUCAGCUUACCCUGCAGACCAUGUUGGGCUACAUCUUGUACCCUGUCGCAUUCCUCCUCGGUGUUCCUCGAAGGGACUUUGACCCAAGUAACCCAGACCUGAAGAGGGACCGAGACAUUCUGUUGGUCUCUAAACUCAUUGCUGAGAAGAUCAUCACCAACGAGUAUGUUGCCUUCUCCAAGUUGACGAGUACCCCUGAAUACUCCGAGCUCUCCCCCCGAUCCAACCUGAUUGCCACCUAUGCCUGCUGUGGUUUCGGUAACAUUGGCUCUCUGGGUAUCCAGAUUGGUAUUCUUGGCCAACUGGCACCUUCUCGAGGUGGUGACGUUUCUCGACUUGCCUUCUCUGCCCUGGUUUCAGGUGUCAUGGCCACCCUCACUUCUGCCGCUGUCGCUGGACUUGUUCUUACCGGCCAGAGGUAG